AUGGGCAUUGGCAGUUUGUGUCGUGAUAGUGCACGUGGCUGGGCGUUCAGGUUUGAAGGAUUGCAGACCGGUGGUAAUCCCUUCCAAGCGGAGGCAUUGGUGUUCCAGACUUGUCUUUCCCAAGCUUGGACCAAGGGGUUCAGGAGAGUGGAGGUAGAAACUGACUACAGGGAGCUCUUGGAGGUUAUUGAGGAUGACUUUUCUAGCAGGUGUGAUGCAAAUAUUAGGGAAAUCAAAGCCAUGGUUAACCAAGAUUGUGUGGUAACUAUUCGAUGGAUUCCCAGAGAAAGUAAUUUAGUUAUAGAUUGGUUAGCUAGGACAGGUUCUGGGUGUCAGUCUCUGCUCAUAACCAUGCUUGAGGCGCCUCAUGUCGAUCUGGAAUCUCUCUUGCUCCGAGAUUCUUUGUUAGUUCCUUAG